GUGUCGCUGACUUCAGCAACCUCCGUAGGAAGUCCUUCCUAGAAAACCGAGGGAGUGCGGAAGUUGUACACAAGUCUUUUCUCACACAGGUUGGUUACACAAAGGACGCGUGAACGGCAUAAACAGAGCAUAUUAAAACAACCAAUCGAGGUUUAGCUACAUUAUAAAGGCUACAGUAUGGCCACCACAGACACGGUGUACAACACCACAACGACCGCGCACGAGCCCAAAUCAAGAAAAUGGAUCGUCGUGCCUUCAGAGAACAUGGACAAAGUUAGAUUAGUGAUAAAAGUGAUUGAAGUGCUUCUUUCCCUUGUGGCUUUUGUGAUGGAGGAGGUGGUGUCCAGCUGUUCGCAAUGUGGACCACUCUACUUUUUUGAAUUUGUCAGUUGCACAGCCUUGCUCUUCACACUGUUGCUCCUCAUCCUCCUGGCCACACCGCUGCACCAGAGAGUUGGAAUUAACAGCUGGCCUACUCUGGAUUUUGGAUACACAUCAGUCAUGGCAGUCCUGUUUCUCCUUGCCAGCAUUGUGUUUGCGGCAGACAGUGGUCGAACGAGUCUGGAGCAAGGCGCAGUGGCAUUUGGCUUCCUGGCCACAGUGGCCUUCUUCAUUGACUCGGGUCUGUUCUUAAAAAAUCACGGUAUUCCUUGGCGGAAGGGAAACAAUCAACAAGCAGACAACACACCCAGACCAGAGAGUGAGAAACUUAAUGCUAAUGGAAUGGACUUAGUGAACUGAAGAGUUUUACCAGCAGUCUGCUGCUGUAUUCAAAAGCUUUUUCCUAUUUCUCCU